AUGGCGAUCUCCAGGGAAACACCAAACCCCGCAUCGCGCCACCAAAUGAAGUAUUGCUCUUCACAAAUCUUGAUCCGGGAAGAGACACUGCCCGCGAUCGUAUCUACAACCAACAAAGCUCUCGUCAAGCAUCCUUACACAGUUCCCAGCCUCAUUUCAGCUUCUCAAGUUACCUCCAACAACCAAAACACCAUCAAAAUGGGCGAGAAAAUUUUGCCUACCAGAGAGCUUGAUCUAAUUGGUAAAGUCGCGGUCAUCAGCGGUGCAUCACGAGGUAUCGGUCGCGCUAUAGCAUUCAACUUGGCAUCUCGAGGAUGUUCUAUCCUGGGCACUUGUGUCAGCAACAAAGGUAUUGAUGCUCUAUCAUCAGGCCUGAACGAUGAGGUCACAGAACUUGUCUACAAAGCCACAUCAAGAGAGCGUCCAGCAGGUCAACAGAUCAAAGGGAUUAUCGCCGACGUAUUCUCUAGCGACUGCGCCAAAACAAUUGCUGAUGCCCUUGAGAAGUCCUUUGACGGUCGCGUUGACAUCCUGGUGAACUCAGCCGGUGACCCUAUGCCCGGUGUCAUUGGUCAAAUGACCACUGAAGAGAUUCAGAGAAGCCUUCUAGGCAACGUCCAAACCCCAGUUCAGAUCGUCGAAGAGCUCGUUCGUCGAAAACUCUUCCAACCCAACAGCCGUAUCAUCUACAUAUCAUCAGUCCGCUCGCGCCUCCCAUGGGCCGAUCAACUGAUGUACGCAGCUGGAAAAUCAGCCGGCGAAUCACUCUGUCGAACAUGGUCGCAGGCAUUUGGUGGAAAAGAUGAGCGAUACGCUUUUAUGGCUGGAACGACUGCGAAUGCAGUCACCGCAGGUUUGACGGAGACUGACGCUGUUAUGGAUUGUGGACCGGAGGUUGUCAAGACGUUCCAGGAUGAGUUCUUUCCCUUGCAGAGUAUACCUAAGUUUGGGCAGCCUGAGGACGUGGCUGAUGUUGUAGGGAUGCUUUGUGGGAAUGAUGGAAGAUGGAUUACUGGAUCUGUUAUUAGUGCGAGUGGUGGGUGUAUCAAGAUGCAAUAAAGUUUUAGCAUAUCACAAAUGGCAAAAUGGAACGAAUACUUUCCC